GGGCCCUCGCGGAGCUAUUUUGAAAGUGACCCUGGGCUGUGCGGCCGCGGGGCGGCGGGGCGAGGCGCGGCGGGCGCCGCGGGAACCAUGACAGAAGAUGACCGAGGCGGCGCUGGUGGAGGGCCAGGUCAAGCUGCGGGACGGCAAGAAGUGGAAGAGUAGGUGGCUGGUGCUGCGCAAGCCGUCGCCGGUGGCAGACUGCCUGCUGAUGCUGGCCUACAAGGACAAGUCGGAGCGAGCCAAGGGCCUCCGGGAGCGCAGCAGCCUGACGCUGGAGGACAUCUGUGGCCUGGAGCCCGGCCUGCCCUACGAGGGCCUGGCCCACACGCUCGCCAUCAUCUGCCUGUCGCAGGCCGUCAUGCUGGGCUUCGACAGCCGGGAAGCCAUGUGUGCCUGGGACGCCCGGAUCCGCUACGCACUUGGCGAGGUGCACAGGUUCCACGUGACGGUGGCUCCAGGCACCAAGCUGGAAAGCGGCCCUGCCACUCUCCACCUCUGCAAUGACAUCCUCGUCGUGGCCAGGGACGUCCCUCCGGCCGUCACGGGGCAGUGGAAGCUGUCUGACCUCCGGCGCUACGGGGCCGUGCCAAACGGAUUCAUCUUUGAGGGCGGGACCAGGUGUGGGUACUGGGCUGGAGUCUUCUUCCUGUCCUCGGCCGAGGGAGAGCAGAUCAGCUUCCUGUUCGACUGCAUCGUCCACGGCAUCUCCCCCACCAAGGGCCCCUUUGGGCUGCGGCCCGUUCUCCCAGACCCAAGCCCGGGGGGUCCCGCCACCGUGGAGGAGCGCGUGGCCCAGGAGGCCCUGGAAGCCCUGCAGCUGGAGAAGCGGCUCAGCCUCCUCUCCCACUCCUGCCGGCCGGGCAGUGCAGGGGACGACCGCAGCCUGUCCAGCUCGUCGUCAGAGGCCAGCCACUCGGAUGUCAGCGCCGGCAGCCGGCUCACGGCAUGGCCUGAGCAGUCCUCGUCCUCGGCCGGCACAUCACAAGAGGGGCCUGGGAUGGCGGCUGCCCAGGCCCCUGGGGAGGCGGCGCUGGGCGCCUCGAGGCCGCCCCCCAAGCCACUGCGGCCACGGCAGCUGCAGGAGGUCGGCCGCCAGAGCUCCUCGGACAGCGGCAUCGCCACGGGCAGCCACUCCUCCUACUCAGGCAGCUUCUCAUCCUGCGCCGGCAGCAGCCUGGACGUGUGGCGCGCUGGCGACGACUUUGGCUCGCUGCUCAGCCUGCCACCAAUGCCCGGGGCACCUGAGCCCAGCCUGUGCGCCUGCCCGCCGGGUGCAGCUGAGUACCAGGUGCCCGGCGUGCCACGGCCCCACUAUGACACGCCGCGCAGCCUGCGCCAUGGCCCCCGGGACCAGCCCCCGGCCACGCAGGGCCGCCCUGGUGACGCUGCAGCUGGGGACUUGGGCAGCCAGACGUCUGCGGGCUGUCCCUCUGGCUGGCUGGGCGCGAGACGGCGGGGACAGGCGACAGAGGCCCCGGGUGGUGAGGCCGCACUGCCCAGCCCGGCCCCCAGCGAGCCCUGGGAAGCGGGCGUGUCCCCCGCCGGGCCUCCGGCUGCCUUCUUUUCCGUGUGUCCCGUCUGUGGAGGCCUCAAGGGAGCAGCUGCCUCCCCCCCUGGGCUCCCGAUGACGCAUUCAGGAGCCCUGGGGCCCGAGAGCCCACGCAGCGAGGCGCCCACCUACGUGAACAUCCCUGCCAGCCCCUCCUCCAAAAAGCAGCUGCACUACAUGGGCCUGGAGCUCCAGGAGGCCAGCACGGGCGUCCGAGGGGCCGGCACCUCCCGCUACGCACAGAUCGACAUCACAGCCACCGAGGCGGCCCACAGGGCGGGCGCCCGGCACGCACAGAGCCGGGAGGAGCGGCUGCCCGAGCUGGAGCAGAGGAGGAAGGGGGCCCCACCGUGAGCUGGCUGGACACCCCCUGCGACUGGACAACCCAACGUGGCCGAGUGGGCCGCCCCUUCGGUGGGCAAUAGUCAGGGGCACGAGGGGCCCCGCCUCUGCAUGGCCAUCUAGGCUCCGUGAUUCGUGGCCUCCUAGCCACAUGGUGGGCGCGGCUGGUCCCUGUGCCCUGGUGUGGCUGGUGGAAGGUUCCGGCCCUCCUCGCCUCGCUGGUCACUGGUGCCCAGAGCAGACCCUCCUUUGGCCUUAACGAGCCACUCUGGACCUCAGGCGAGUGGGCGGGCCACGUGCCAGGUGUCAGGCAGCUUCUGGGUGGUUUCUUGUGGCAGCAGCUUGGCUGCAGCUGGCCGGGGGAUUGGGGAGCAGUUUCUGAGACUCUGGGAUGCCAACUGCUGUCCCCUUCUGGGGGAUGUGGCCACCCAACUGACGACAGACAUACAGACAUGUCCUGGCAAAACGCACGUCCCCAAACUACAGCAGGGCUGGGCCAGUCCCCCACCCACACGGAGUGUCUGGCAGCUGUCGGCUCAGGGACCUCAGACCCCCGAUCGUGCCCUCUCUGUAGCGGCCUCCAGCCGUCCCCUCCUGGGUCACAGCCGCCCCAGCCCUGGGCGCGGGAGGGCUAUUCCACGUUCGGACCUGUCAGGCACCCGCGUGGCCCCACACGUGUUUACCUGGCUGCAUCGCUUCUUGGGACCCAUCACAGUUAGUCAUGUAAAUAGUUUAA